AUGGUUAUUCUUCUGUUGAUGACAGUGGAGGCAAGGGAGAUAUUUGAUUGUGAAUAUGAAAGUCUAGAAGCUAUUGCAGCAACAAACAUAAUACAUGUCCCAAAGCCUCUUGCAAUUGUGGACAAUCGCUUGGGUGGAGCUUUGUUUGUUUCAGAGUAUAUUGAUAUGAAAACACUGAACCAGUUCUCUCAAGAACUUGGGCAGCAAUUGGCAAGAUUACACCUGCAUAAUGCUGUUCUGGGCAAACAAAAAAUCAAAGGAUUUGUAGGGAAGGAGGAAAAUGUCCAAUUUGUAAAAGAAUUUGGUUUCCAUGUUAAAACACGAUUUGGGAACACACUUUUGGAAAAUGAACGGUGCAGUGACUGGCCUACCUUUUUCGUGAGACACAGACUCAGCUAUCAAUUUAGAUUACUUGAGGAGAAUUAUGCAGAUGCUGAGGCACGAGAACUGUGGUCACAGCUACUUAGGAAACUACCACAGUUUUUUGAAGGAGCAGAUAUAAAACCAUCAUUAUUGCAUGGGAACUUACAAAGAGACAAUAUUGCGGAAACUAACACUCAUCCAGUCACUUUUCAUCCAGCAUCUUUUUUUGGUCAUCAAGAUUUUGAUCUGGUUACUUCACAAAUGUAUGGUGGUCUUGGACAAGCAUUCUAUAAUGCGUAUUAUGACAUAAUACCUAGGGCCCCGGGUUCAAGGAAAAGGAAUCAGAUGUAUAAAUUAUUUCAUCUCCUAAAUAAGUGGCAAGUAUUCAUGUGA